AUGGCUAAAGCAAUAUCACUGAACAAGACAGGAAAGGUCAGAGGAUCCACUCCUAAAGUAGCAAAGGCAGACAAACCAAAGCCAAAGAAAGGAAGAGCAGCAAAGAGAGCGCUAUACGAGAAGAGAAUGCAAAAGGGAUACUUUGAGGGAACCAUGAAGAUGAACUCCCAGGAAGUUAGAUAA